AUGGCAAUUCAAAGUUCCCCUGAAAAAAUGUUACCGUUAACGGAAAUUUACAAAUUUAUAAUGGAACAUUUUCCUUAUUUUAGACAAAAUACACAGAGGUGGCAGAAUUCACUCCGUCAUAACCUUUCAUUUAAUGACUGUUUUGUAAGAGUACCGAGAAAGGCGGAUCAACCGGGAAAGGGUUCUUGUUGGGCAAUUCAUCCAAAAGCAAUGUGUAUGUUCGAGAAUGGAAGUUGUUUGAGGCGGCAGAAGCGUUUUAAAUUGGAUAUCCGUUCAGUAGCUAAUGGGUGUUUAGCUAAAUACAAAAGAAACAAACGCAAAAACAUCAACAUCAACAACAAAACAAAGUUUUCUUUAAAUAAAACAAAAUUCGAGACAAACAAAACAAGCAACAAUAUUUACGAGAAUAACAACAUAAUUACAAAACAAUUAAUUUUAAUUGGACAAAUAAUUGCUUCACAAAAAGGACACCAACAUUUAUUUAAUAAUUUAGAAGAGAAUUCCUCCACAAAUUUAAUUUUAGAAAAUUCAAAAUUUAAUUUAGAAAGAAAAAUAACAACAGCAACAACGCCUCCUCCUACUUUAUUUAAUAAUAUUAAUGCUUCACAAUAUAAUAAUUUUUUUGUUUUUCCACAAAAAGAAGUUAAUAAUACUCAACAUUUGCCUAAUCAACUUUUAUGUUUAAGCAAUUUAAUAAAUGACAACCAUAAUAAAAGUGAUAUUCAAUCUCCUUCAUGUAAGGAUAUUUUUAAUAUUUAG